AUGAUUGACGGGGACUCCAGACUAUCGCAGCGGGGUGCUCCUCUCGUCGGCGAACCUCCAAGAGAGCGCGAGGCUCUCUUCUUCCACCGCGCGUCCAGACGAAUCGUUAAAAAGGAGCGGAGAACGUGUCUACUGUGCAGGAACGACCUAGAGGCGGCCGAGCACAAAGGGAAGAAGCAAAGACAAGGUAGUUUGUUGGGGAGCCGCUUAAAGGGAACCAACACGAGCUACUUGUUUGCACUAAAGGGGGCCGGUCACCCACGUAACGUUUACACGAGCCAACACGGGAGCCAAACCGCUUAUCGUUCACCGAUGCUGCCGCUGUUUAUCGUUAUUAAAAUAAACUUCGCUCCGUUCCAGGGUUUCAAAGGCUUAACGGCUUAACGCUUACACGACACUUGUUCACUGCCCCUUUUCUUCUUCUUUUUUUUUUUCCCCAAGCUGUAAGUAGCCCGUGAUCUCGAAACGAGACCCCUAAUGCUAUUUACAUCGU